AAUGACCAACUAUGGCUUUCUUUACGAAAAAAUGUCUAGGUAAAACACCCAUCAGCAGCUCUCUCUCUUCCAAAAUUUGAGAUUCUUAUCCCAAAAAUCUUUACAACAACUGAGAUUCUCUCUCUCUCUCUCUCUCUCUCUCUCUCUCUCUCUCUCAAAUUAAGAAAAACUCAGAGAUGCUGAAGAUGAUUCGAACAACUGGUUCUUCUUAUUCUCAUUGCAGCAGCACCAGCACCGGCACCACAAGAGGUAUGCCAUUUCUUCACUCUAGUCCUCCUGCUUUCUUCGUUGUCAACAACUACUUGGCUUUGUUUCAUUCUCAAUCCUCAAACCCAACCAAAUCCAGAGAAACCCAGCUACGAAAUCGACUCAAUGUGAGUAAUGUUGAGGACGCCUUGAAGGUGUUCGAUGAAAUGCUUCACUUGCGUCCUCUGCCUUCUGUUAUCCCUUUCAAUCAAAUCUUGACUCAACUUGUCAAAUUGAAACACUAUUCUGCACCCAUCCCUCUCUUUAAACAAAUGCUUAUGUGUCGAAUUGUUCCUAAUCACUAUACUCUUAACAUUAUCAUCAACUGCUAUUGCCGUUUGAAUCGUAUGGGCUUUGGCUUAUCUGUCUUGGGUCAAUUCUUCAAAUUGGGUCUUCAACCAGACGUCUUCACCUUCAAUACUCUAAUCAACGGCUUUGUUCUCCACAAUCAAGUGGCUGAGGCAGCGCGAAUUUUCAGCAAAAUGGUGCAGGCAGGUCGUUGUAAGCCCAAUGUGGUUACUUUCUCCACACUAAUAAAGGGCUUUUGCAUGAUGGGAAACAACACUGCGGCUGUUCAAUUACUUGGGAAGAUGGAAGAAAGAGGAUGCGAGCCUAACAUAGUUUCCUAUAACACCAUCAUUGACAGUCUCUGCAAGGAUACACUAAUUGAUGACGCAUUGAACCUCUUCUCAGAAAUGAUUACUAGAGGUAUUGCUCCAGACGUUGUUACUUACACCUCUUUGAUUCAAGGAGUUUGCAAUAUAGGUCACUGGAAACAAGCUACAAGGUUGUUGAAUGAAAUGGUGAGUAACGGUAUCUUUCCAGAUGUAGUCACCUUCAGUGUCUUGGUUGAUACACUUUGUAAGGAAGGGAUGGUUGUUGAAGCCAAAAGUGUGGUUGACAUGAUGAUUCAAAGAGGUAUUCAGCCUGGUACGAUUACAUACAGCUCACUUAUGGACGGUUACUGUUUGCGAGGAGAAAUGGACGAGGCGAAACAAGUUUUUGAUCUAAUGGUUAGCAAGGGCUCCUUGGUUAAUGUUCGUAGUUGUAACAUAUUGAUAAACGGAUACUGUAAGCAGAAAAAGAUCGGUGAGGCCAGUAAGGUUUUUCAGGAAAUGACUGGUUGGGAGCUUGUUCCUGAUACCGUUACUUAUAACACUCUUAUUGAUGGUUUUUACAAAGCAGGGAGAAUACAAGAGGCAGAAAAGUUGUUCUCUGAGAUGCAAGGUUGUGGCCAAGGUUGUGGCCAACUUCCAGAUGUUCAAACUUAUAAUAUUUUAGUUAAUGGCCUGUGUAACAACCAACAACUUUCUAGAGCACUAGAGUUGCUUAGAGAGAUGGAAGGCAAGAAGAUGGAGCUAGAUAUUGUAGUUUACAAUACUAUUAUUGAAGGUUUGUGCAAAGCUGGGAAAAUGGAUUCUGCAAUAGAUGUCUUCUCUGGUUUGUCAUCAAAGCAUCUUCAACCUGAUGUGUGGACGUAUAAUAUAAUGAUUCUUGGAUUUUGUAAAGGAGGCCUAUUAAGUGAAGCUGAAAAAUUGUUUACAGAAAUGAAGGAGAAAGGCUGUUCUCCAGAUGGCUGUACCUAUAACACAAUUAUCCGAGCUUUUAUGAAUAACAGUGAGACAUCAAGGGCUAUGGAACUUAUUCAUGAAAUGCGUGAGACGGGUUUCUCUGCAGAUGCAUCAACUAUGGACUUGAUUGUGGAUUUAUUGUCCAGGGAUACCGUAGAUCCUGUAUUAUUAGCAUGGCUUAAAGAUUCAGUCUGAAGUUAUUUGAAUAUUUGAAAUGAAUAUCUUUCAAUAUCACUACAAAAUUUUAAACUGCUGCAGUGCUGCUCCUUUAGCAACCUUGGAUGUUCUGUGAAUCCUGUUUGUAAGUCCACCAUUGAAACACAAUAUCAAUUCCUUGUUGCACUCCAAUUUUGAGCACAUUUGUUUUCUAUUUCAUUAUAUGGGUGUGUGUGUACACAUGUGAUAGACUGACUAUUUAGUUGCUGGCAAUAAGUAUAUCUGAAGAAGUAUUUCUCAUUCAACAACGAAAACUGAUAUUGCAAUUAUUUCCCUUUUCUAGUUCAUCUGUGUUUAAUAUCUAUGUCCUAAAGGGCAAUUGACUUCCACAUUUUUGUUUGAUUGUAAAGUAUGCAUGUCCCAGUACCUAUGACUUUUACAUCAGUUUGCAAAACGAACAUCCAAAAACUCUUUAUUCAAUAAUUACUUGAGCAUUUUGGGAUAUCCCCAGAUUUAUUGCUAAUAUCAGCUAGGAAAGUUAUGGCUAACCCUUACCUUUUGCGAUGUUUAGGUUCCUUGAUGAUUGCUUCAGGUUGUUUUAUUAUCAUCCACUGCAUAUUACUCGAUCAAUGCCUUUGCUUAUGUUCAAUCUAUUAUGGAGCUUCUGGAGUGUGGUUUGCACAACCAUGUUUGUAGGCUGGAAUGCAGAUUUGCGAACAAGAGCAAGAAUACUUAUGUUCCAAGGCGGUCUGCUACUCUGCUCUGGUUUAUGCCUUUUGUUGAAAAGAAUGGAACUGUUGAGCUAAGCAUGCUGAUUAUGUUAGGCAAUUGUAUGAUCAAACUUUAUGAGAAGUAGUCAGUCUGAUCUAGAACCUCUAGUCAAGAGAGGAAAAGACUUUCUCAGUUGACUGCUUCACCAUCAUUGAACAAUAAUGUGGUUUUAUUCUCUAGCAGCCUAGCCGCAGGCCCCAAAUUAGGGAUUGACUUUCCAUUUCUGUAUAGGUAUUUUGGUUCCCUUUGCUGGAGGUUGGACCUACUUAUUUAAGGUCUGCCAUCCCUACUUACCUUAUAAGAAUUAAGACCGGAUUCAAGAACUUUAUACCUAGCUCAAUUGCAGACUUUUUGAAAAGAAAUUUGGGUGUUCUGAAGUUAUGGAUAUUUAGGAUCAUCUAGUUUGUUCUGACCCAGAAAAGAAAAAGGGUCAAGGAUGAUUUAGUUUGUGGAGAUAGAUUCUGUGCCAACAUAACUGAAAGUGUGGUUAAUCUCUGAUUCUUUAUAAGCUUCAGUUGAGAACUGUUGAAUCCCUCUGUUUGUGCAUGUAUAUUAAUUAAAUUGGUGAUUGAGUACUCAUCUGCAAUGGUAGUAUGAAAAUUAGGAAUUUGGCAGAAAGAUGGCCCCAUUGCUUU